AUGUUGUAUUUUUUUACGUUCUUUUACUCGCUCGGUUUUGUAUUUCCAAGUUCUUUGCGUUCUCUCAUACUGUUGCCAGUCUUUCCAAUGCUUCGUCGCAGCUUAACGGCCUUUAUCCCUAGAUCCUUGAUCCCUGCCCGAAAUUUUUUUAUUUCUCCAAAGCACUUAUACUAUACUGAUGGACCAAGGGAACCAACAGCUCCGAUUCCUGACAGGAUCCCAAACUGGACUAAUGAUCUUAAGGAAAUAUUUGGCAAAUUAAAAAACAAUUCAAAUGUUUUCCUCCAUGGCGGUGCUGCUACCCCAAGCCAUCUGCUUUUGUCGCUGCACAAAUACGUAAUGGGCGAGAACCUGAAAGGAAUCAAACUCUUCCAUAUUCACACCGAAGGCCCUUAUCCUUUCACUGAAGGCGAGUCGGCUAAGCACUUUCGUUCAUCUUCACUUUUUGUGGCCAAAAAUUGCAGAUCUGCAAUCAAUUCCGGAAUCGCAGACUACACUCCUAUUUACCUUAGCGAAAUACCUCAUUUGUUUAGACGUAAUCUGAUUCCUCUUGAAUUUGCCCUCAUUAACGUAUCCAAACCUGACAUACAUGGAUUUUGUUCCCUCGGUCCUAGCAUCGAUAUCGCCAGGGCAGCUGUUCAAAAUGCCAAGUUCAUUGUCAACAGACACGUGCCGUUUUCCAGAGGAGAUGCUGGCAUACAUAUAAGUCACAUUGACUAUUUGGUUCAGUGCGAUGAGCCCUUACAUGAAAUGGGAUCCUCAAAAAUUUAUCCAGAAGACGUUAGUAUUGGCAAAAUUAUAUCAGAAAAGCUCGUAUCUGAUGGCGCUACGAUACAAAUGGGGAUUGGAUCGAUACCUGAAGUCGUUCUUUCACAACUUGGAGGUCACAAGCAUCUUGGCGUGCAUACAGAAAUGUUUUCUGAUGGAUUAGUAGAUCUUGUUAAAGCUGGUGCUGUAACCAAUGCUCUGAAAUUCAAUCGUCCAGGAAAAAUUGUCGCAACCUUUGUUAUUGGCUCAAAGAAAGUUUACGAUUUCAUCGACAACAAUCCAUUGGUUGACAUGGUUGAUGUAUCCUGGGUCAACUCUCCUUAUGUGAUCGCUCAGAAUCCUCAGCCGACCUCUAUCAAUUCUUGUAUCGAGGUGGAUAUUACGGGACAGGUCGUCUCCGGAUCUAUUGGAGACAAGAUUUAUUCAGGUCACUAG